AUGGCCGGUCUUGGUUGCUUGCGCGCGCUAUCCGGCACUGCGCACGUAAAUGCCACGCUUUUCGAGUCAACUCGUGUGCUCGGUGGGAGAGUCCGUUCGAUGCGCCGUCUCGGGGCUCUAUCGUGGGAUCAUGGUGCUUCGCACUUCUCACGGCCGCGCGACGCCGGCUCUCCUUUUUACGAGGUGCUUCGUGCCGCAGAGAAAUCGGGGGUUGUCGAGUUGUGGCACAGAAGGGACAAAAAUGCUGCCAAACGAGCCGGAAUAGGUACCGCUGAGGUCUAUCUCGAUUGCCAGAGUGGUCGAUGGGUCAUCGAUCACGAUUCCUUUCAAACUGACGUUGGUGGUAACUCGGAAGACGCAGCCUCAGAACAUUUUGUGGGUGUUCCAGACAUGGCAGCAGUCCCCUCAUUCAUAGCACGCGAAAUAGUCUGCGCAGUCCAACCCGAGGCAUCUUGGGUCGGAGACAACCCUGAACCUGGAGUGCCUGAGUAUCUCACUUCGUGUUAUGUCGACAGGAUACGUGUUCUGAUAGGUGAGGAGACAUGGGUGCAUGCACAAUCGCGAAGACGUUGGGGAAUGAUGCUUCGGAUACGCGAGGGAGGGGAUAUGUGGUACAAGCCUUUCGAGAGUGACGUGGUGCUCCUUGCGACAAACGCUCCUACUGCAGCGGCCAUGUUGGAGGCGAUAACAGUGGGUGAGUGCAGAGAGGGAAUUAGCGCUGAAAAGAAUCGAUCAGCGUCGGCGACACAAAUGACCUGUGAUAUCGGUUCUGCAAAUGAAGCGAGAAAUGAAGAAGAGAAGAAAGUGAAUCAGGCAGAAGUGGGUAUCCGUGCGCGAGUGAGUGAGUUGGCAGUUGCGGCGCGCAGUGUUAGCGGAGAUACCUGCUGGGCUCUAACAGUUGCUUUUGAUCGUCCCUUGGGUUUACGAUACGAUGCUAUCUCUCUCAUUACCAACAGACAUGGUCGUGUCAGAGCGGGAAAAGCAAAUAAAAGCGCAGAAAAAAGCUGCCCAAUCACUUUCUUUGCAAAUAACUCGAGCAAACCCGGUCGACCCAGUGGCGGUCAAGGCGCAGCAGUUGCAGGCUGGGGGUACCGCUGGGCAGAAGUUGGCAGAGCACCGGAAGUGGGAGUAGGAGAGUGUUGGGUAGUGCGUGCUAGCCCAGAGUGGAGUAACAAGAGGGCAGGUCUUACAAACGAUGAUGCUGCGGUCGAGUUAUGUGCGGAGUUCUUGAGUUUGAUCGGUUACAAGGAAAGCGCGAGGAGUACAUGUAGCGGUAGAGAGGGAAAUUUGGAUGAAGUUAACGUAGCACGCGUUUGCUACCGCAAAGCCUUCAAGUGGAACCACCAUCUGCCUCUGACGCGGACGGGUAAUUUUGGUGGUCCAACAUACCGGUUUCAUCCUGAGUUUGGUCUUGGCGCGUGCGGUGACUGGAUAUCCGGGGUUGGCGCUGAUGUUGCUUACGAUGGGGGAGUGGCGCUCGGUGAGGCAGUUUUAGCGCAUUUAGCAAAGAGGGGAGAUUUUAGACAAGGAGCAGAAGGAAAGGGUGGGAGCGGAGAAGCUAUACACGGAGCUGAGUGGUCAGAUAUGUGAUAACAAGUUAAUUUCGUUCUCCAACUCACCGCGUGUCCUAAGGAUCUAUCCUAUUGCACAGCUACCUUCACUGCAGCAACAAUCAAGUACAGAGCUUCUUUCUGCCGAACAUUAUCUCUCACAAACACGCACUCAAGAUGCUGCCAUCAUCAUUGUUCGGAAUAAGAAUUCAUCUUUAACC